AUGGACAUGAACGAGAGCGGCGAGAAAGGGAUGGAGGGCAACGCGUCCUCCGGUGCCGUCGGCAUCCCGGUGGAGUGGCAGACCCAAUUCAGCGCUGCCGCCUUCUCGUGCGCGCCGCCACCGCCGCAGCAGCAGCAGGUUCCCAUGAUGGACUCCGCCUUCGCGCCCGCCGGCCUGUGGGCGUCCACCUCCCAGGCCAUGUUGCUCUCCAACGUCAGCGCCAUGUCGACCGCGCGGGGCGGUGGCAGCUUCUUGGCGCCGGUCCUCGGUUUCCUCCCGCAGGGCCUCGGCCAUUUCCCCGUGGACUCCGGCUUCAUCGAGCGCGCCGCGCGGGCGUCCUGCUUCGGCGGCGGCGGGGUGAUGGGCGCUACCGCUGGCUUCCGUGCAACUGAUCAUCAGCCCAUGAACAACGCGUUCACACACCAUAAGCUCCAAAUAUUCGCAUUAUCAAGUAUCAGCUCGCUCUGUGCUUCACUGCAGCAGCCCCAACCAGAUGUCAGCUCGCAGCAGCCGAUGGGCUGUUGCAGGACAGCUGCUGCAGGACAGCUGCAGCACAACAGCGCCGUGCAGUAG